AGAAAAUGGAACCAGCCACUGGAGUACUUAGAAUUCCUCCAACUUCUUUUUUGAAGAGUUGUGUAAUAUGUAAGCAGACUCAUGGUUCCCGCACUCAAUGCAGCAGAUGUCCUACUUAUUUUCAAGUUAUGUGUGCUGCAAGAGCAGGACACAGCAUGGAAUUACACUGCCUGGAGAAGAGCGGGAGUCAAAUAACAAAGAAGUUGAUAUAUUGCGCCGAUCAUAGAAGGUUCGACAGCCAAGAGGUUGAUUAUAACUAUGUCAUGGUCAUUAACAAAGGACAGAAAAGCAUCGAAUAUGUUUCAGUAAAUCUGGUAUACAUGGAUGGGGACCCUUUGCUCGAAGAAAUAUUCAGGAAGGAGAAAUGCUCUUCAAGAUCAAGAAGAACUUGUAAUCGAUGCCACAAAUAA